AUGUCCCGGGUCGUGGUGGCAGAUUUGACGUUCAAUGUGUUGAGUCCAUGUGCGUUGACGAAGACAGGAUGGCAAACCAUUCUCGGAAAGCCCAAGCAGAGUGUGAUUAGGAAGGGGUCCGUGAAGAUUCCUCUCAAAAUCUUGGACCGAGGAUGGUGGGCCGUGUCGGAUGUGAAGGUGAAAGAUGAUCCAGUUGCGAUGGAAGUUGAUGCUCUGAAGAGGGCAAACAAGUUGAGUGCAAAGGUUGAGAAGGAGAAGGCUUCGGGAGAAAGCCAGUUGAGACAUGUGGUUGAGAAAGCUUGUGAAGUUGAGCGGGACCUCGACGACAAGGAAUGCCCCUGCCACCGCGGAGUGGGGUCGGCGGAGACUCAGAAGAAGGAAACGCAGCAGUGUCGCUCUGCUCUUCUCAUCCGCCCGGUCUCGGAAACGUCGGCGGUGAAGGAAACGAGGUCUGAGGUUCGAAAUAACAAGUUUUGGGAAAUCUCGGAUGGACCCCUUUCGUAUCUCGUCCGAAGCGUUUGUAGCGCCAUGGAUGGUGAUCCCGGAGUGGUGGAAACCCAGAGUGAAGCCACGACGAUCGAUUGA